AUGGCCGGGUACCGCCGCACCAUCUCCUUCCCGACCCCGAGGGCCAGGACGGACGCCGCCGCCAACGGCAAGCUCGCCGCCGCCUACCGCGUCCGCUCCGCCAGCCUCCCCUGCCGCUUCCACCCGCUCGUCCUCCAGCUCGACGACGACGUCGCCGCGCUACGCCUCAUCAUCGGCCGCAACCCCUCCUCCUCCUCCUCCUCCGUCCUCAACCCGCCGCCGCAGUCCGCGUCCGCCGUCUCCGCGGCCGCCGCGCAGGUGGUGCGCGUGCUGGCCUCGCUCUCCGACCUACUCCACCACCCACAGGCGCAGGAGCCACUCCGCCGCCUCGCCACCACCUCCACCCCAUCCCCGCUCGCCGACCGCCUGCUCGACGACUUCCUCCGCCUGGCCGACGCGCACGGCACCUUCCGCGAGUCCCUCGCCUCCCUCGCCGCACUCCAGUCCUCGACACGCGCGGCGCUGCGGCGCGGCGACCCGGCCCGCCUAGCCUCCGCGGCGCGCGCGCAGCGCCGCGCCGCCCGCGGCCUCCCGCGCCUCGCCGCCGCCGCGCGCGCCGUGGCCUCCAAACCCCCCGCAGCGCUCCCGGCGGACCUGCAGCCCGAGACGGCCGCGCUGGCCGCCGCGGUGGCCGACUCGGCCGUGGCCGUCGCGUCCGCCUCCGCCGCCGUCUUCUCCGGCGUCUCCGCCCUCUCCAACGCCGCCGCCGCCGCACGCGUCCAGGUCGCCUCCACGCCCUGCUGGAUCACCAACGCCCAAACCGAGCCCAGAACGUCUUCCCACCAGCGCGUCUGGUGGGUCGCCGACCUCGUGCGCUGGAUGUCCCGCGCCAAGCGCCGGUCCGCCGGGAGGCAACCCACCUCCAACGACGACGACGCGUCCACUUCAUCCAUUUCAUCCACCUCGUCCACGGCGCGCCUCCGGCCUGUGGCCCGCGUGGAGCCGGAGGAGCGGGCGCGGAAGGCCGCCCUCGAGCUGCACGAUAACCUGGAGCGCUGCAUCGCCAGCGUCGACGCCAGCGGCGACAAGGUCUUCCGGGCCCUCGUCAACACCAGAGUCUCCCUGCUCAACAUCCUCAGCCCAACAUUCUGA